AUGGCGGGACGAAUCGACAUCAACAAUGACAUCUACCGACUCUCCGCGUACCCCUUUGUGCUUGAACACGAGGGCGAUUUCGAGAAAGCCAUCAAGAUCCACGGGAAUGCCGUUGAGAUCCUCGACAUGACUGUUAACAAGUUCAAGAAAAUGAAAGUGCCUCGGGCAAACCGCAAGAUGUUUGAGAGGCAGCUCAUGGUGCAUCGCCAACGCCUUGCGUAUCUUCAGUCACUUCACGCCAAAGGGAGCUUUGAGGGCAUUGUCAAAGUGCCCACGAUCCGCGAUGCAAUGGCGGAUUUAGCGCGGGCAGACAAUGAUGAUGACCAAGGGCCUGGCACACUUUCUCAGGCUCGGAAAACCCUGUACAUCCAGCGCCAACGCACCAACGCCUCCGACGACCAAGCAAUUCCCACUACCACCACUACCACACAACUCCCACCCUUCGCACCAACGCUCCCACCAGGCGCCCCAACAGCUUACCGCAUAACCAUCGACUCCGAGUUCCACAACCUCAACGCGCGAGGGAUCUGGAUCUUCGCUAAGGACCUGAGUAACACCCACACUCUCUACGCGCUGCAGGCAAUCUGGCGGCAGGACACCCCCAUCAUCGAGGCCGUCCUGAAGCGGCCCGCCGAGCUGCUCCCGCAGCUUGGCGCGGUCGACGUGCAGCUGCGCCGCACGCGCGGGGGCAGCUUCCGCGUUGAGACGCGCACCCUCGUCCCGGAUAUUAGCGGGGCCGUCGUCGUCGAGGUGCCCGAUCGGGGCGAGCAUGUUCGCGAUUGGGCGCCGCGGCGGUUUGAAUAUGGGGGGAGGCAGUUUGUGUGGAAGGGCGGGGGUUCGAACGACAAGGCGGCGGAUGGGGGGCUGUUCAAGGCGUUUGCGUGGGAGUCGCUGUACGAGACGGCGCGGGUGUGGAGGAGGGAGGGGAGCAUGACGGGGAAGAUGGAGGAUGAGGUUGUCGGGGGGAGGUUGUGCUGGGGGGAUAAGGGAGGGGCGAAUAAAGUAGACCAUACGAUCUACAUGGCUGCUGGGUUGGAUGUGAAUUUUAGGGAGCAUUUGCUGGCCGUGCAGUUGGCGAGGCUGGUCCGGUGCAGUAAUCCGCCGAAUAAGGAUGUAAAGGGGGCAGAGGCGAUCCACGCGGGGACAGGAAUCCUGUCAAUCUUGAAUAUCGCUUCUAACGCUUGA